GCUGCGCGCGCACCGUCAGCGGGGCCCUGGGGCCUGGUGAGCAAGGUUGCCUGCGCGCGCCCAUAGAGACGUCGUGGGGGGUGGGGGGGGUCAAGCGAAGUGGCACCUGGUGUCGGAGCGUCUCCUUGCCCUCCUGCCCUUCUGCGCACGCGUGCGUGAGCGAGCAAACCCCGAGAGGACGGACCCAGGUGUGAUUGCCUUCUUUACAGCACGGCACCGUGGAAGUGCAGACUUUCACAGGGGGUGUGGUCUCUGCUCACACAGGUACUCCAGAGGCUGGUGGACCUGAGCGGAGGCUGGGACGCCCUGGUGGGCCCCGGGCCCUGGAAGGCAGGUCCCGGUGGCUGGUGGCCCAGAAUGAGGCCAGCUCCCAGCAUGCCCUGCAGCCGGACACCAGCCACUCGGCCUGCAGCAACGGUGGUAAUAACCCAGUCAUUCUUCAGGCAUCCAGCAAGGAGCCUGGGAGUGGGACCAUGCAGAGCAGCCCCUCCCCUGCUCAUCCUCAGCUCCCAAUCCUACAGACACAGAUGGUGUCGGACGGCAUGACAGGCAGCAAUCCUGUGUCCCCUGCCUCAUCUAGUUCUCCAGCUUCUAGUGGGGCAGGUGGCAUCUCCCCACAACACAUAGCUCAAGAUUCCUCACUGGAUGGACCGCCAGGCCCGCAAGAUGGUACCACAGUUCCUCUGGAGGGGUUCAGCUUAUCCCAUGCUGCUGACCCAAUCAACAGGGGCCCAAAGUGGGAGAAGAGCCAUGCAGAAAUUGCAGAGCAAGCCAAACAUGAAGCUGAAAUUGAAACUCGGAUUGCUGAACUUCGGAAGGAAGGAUUCUGGUCAUUGAAAAGGCUACCUAAAGUGCCAGAGCCUCCCCGCCCUAAAGGGCACUGGGACUAUCUAUGUGAAGAGAUGCAGUGGCUCUCUGCUGACUUCGCUCAGGAGCGCAGAUGGAAACGAGGUGUGGCCCGCAAGGUAGUACGUAUGGUGAUUCGGCACCACGAAGAGCAGCGACAAAAGGAGGAACGAGCUCGGAGAGAAGAACAGGCCAAGCUGCGCCGAAUUGCUUCUACCAUGGCCAAGGAUGUUAGGCAGUUCUGGAGCAAUGUAGAGAAGGUGGUACAAUUCAAACAACAGUCUCGUCUUGAAGAAAAACGUAAGAAGGCCUUGGACCUGCACCUGGACUUCAUUGUAGGGCAAACUGAGAAGUACUCAGACCUUCUGUCUCAGAGCCUUAACCAGCCACUAGCCUCCAGCAAAGCUGGCUCCUCCCCUUGUCUUGGUUCUUCCUCAGCAGCAUCCAGUCCUCCACCCCCUGUUUCUCGGCUGGAUGAUGAAGAUGGGGACUUUCAACCCCAAGAGGAAGAAGAGGAGGAUGAUGAGGAGACCAUAGAGGUUGAAGAACAGCAGGAAGGCAAUGAUGCAGAGACCCAGAGACGUGAAAUUGAACUUCUUCGACACGAAGGAGAACUGCCGCUGGAAGAGCUGCUCCGUUCCCUCCCUCCUCAGCUAUUGGGUGGACCUUUUAGCCCCUCUCAAACACCUUCUCAUGACAGUGAUACCCCUGAUGGGCCUGAGGAAAAUAUUGAAGAGGAGCCUUCUCAGGAUUUGGAGGUAGACCCUCCAUCUUCCUCUGUCACACAGUGUAACAAACAGUGCUGGCAUCCAGAUGAAGAUGAUGAAGAGUUCACUGCUAAUGAAGAUGAAGCAGAGGAUGAAGAGGACACGAUAGCAGCUGAAGAGCAGUUGGAAGGGGAGGUGGAUCAUGCCAUGGAACUGAGCGAGUUGGCUCGAGAAGGUGAGCUUUCUAUGGAGGAGCUACUGCAGCAGUAUGCAGGGGCCUAUGCCUAUGAUGCCUCCGCUCCAGGCUCGGGGAACAGUGAAGAUGAAGAGGAGGUUGAGGCCAAUAGUUCUGACUGUGAAUUAGAAGAAACAAGAGACGUUGAAGAGGCAGCUCAAGAAGAUAGUAGCAGUCAGUCAGACUCUGCUGAGGAGCAUAGUGAGGAUGAGGAAGAUGAACAUUCAGAGGAAGAAAUGAGUGGGAGUUCACAGUCAGAAGAAUCUGAGUCUGAUGAGUCUGAGGAUGCUCAGUCACAGAGCCAAGCAGAUGAAGAACAAGAAGAUGAGGGAGAUGAUGAUGAUGAUGAUUUUGGAGUAGAAUACUUGCUUGCUCGGGAUGAUGAAAGGAGUGAAGUAGAUGGGGGCAGUGGACCUCCCACCCCUGGUCCCACGACCACUCUAGGGCCCAAGAAAGAAAUUACUGAUAUUGCUGCAGCAGCUGAAAGUCUCCAGCCCAAGGGUUAUACUUUGGCUACUACCCAGGUGAAGACACCUAUUCCACUACUCCUUCGGGGCCAGCUCCGAGAGUACCAACACAUUGGCCUUGACUGGCUGGUUACCAUGUAUGAGAAGAAGCUGAAUGGUAUUCUUGCAGAUGAGAUGGGACUGGGAAAGACAAUCCAGACCAUCUCUUUGCUUGCUCACUUGGCCUGUGAGAAAGGUAACUGGGGUCCCCAUUUAAUCAUUGUUCCUACCAGCGUGAUGUUGAACUGGGAGAUGGAAUUGAAACGUUGGUGCCCCAGUUUUAAAAUCCUCACUUACUAUGGAGCUCAGAAAGAGAGGAAGCUCAAGCGGCAGGGCUGGACCAAGCCCAAUGCUUUCCAUGUGUGUAUCACAUCUUACAAGCUGGUACUGCAGGAUCACCAGGCUUUUCGUCGAAAGAAUUGGCGCUAUCUCAUUUUAGAUGAGGCUCAGAACAUCAAAAAUUUCAAGUCCCAACGGUGGCAGUCACUGCUCAACUUUAACAGCCAGAGGCGCCUGCUCCUCACAGGAACUCCCUUGCAGAAUAGCCUCAUGGAGCUGUGGUCCUUGAUGCAUUUUUUGAUGCCACAUGUCUUCCAGUCUCACCGAGAAUUUAAGGAAUGGUUCUCUAACCCUCUAACUGGCAUGAUUGAGGGAAGCCAAGAAUAUAAUGAAGGUCUAGUCAAACGCCUCCACAAGGUUCUGCGACCUUUUUUGCUGCGCCGAGUUAAGGUGGAUGUUGAGAAGCAGAUGCCCAAAAAGUAUGAGCAUGUUAUCCGGUGCCGACUCUCCAAGCGCCAGCGCUGCCUCUAUGAUGACUUCAUGGCACAGACUACAACUAAGGAGACACUAGCUACAGGCCAUUUUAUGAGUGUCAUCAACAUUUUGAUGCAGUUGCGGAAAGUCUGCAAUCAUCCAAAUCUAUUUGACCCUCGACCUGUUACCUCCCCGUUCAUCACCCCAGGCAUCUGCUUUAGCACCGCGUCUCUGGUGCUGAGGGCCACUGAAGUUCAUCCACUCCAGCAAAUUGACAUGGGUCGAUUUGAUCUUAUUGGCCUGGAGGGUCGAGUCUCUAGAUACGAGGCUGACACAUUUCUGCCCCGCCACCGUCUUUCCCGCCGCAUACUAUUAGAGAUAGCUACUGCUCCUGAUCCCCCACCUCGUCCCAAGCCAGUCAAGAUGAAGGUCAACAGGAUGCUGCAGCCAGUGCCCAAGCAAGAAGGACGUACAGUGGUGGUGGUGAACAGCCCACGGGCUCCCCUUGGCCCUGUCCCAGUCCGCCCCCCUCCAGGCCCUGAGGUCUCAACCCAGCCCACUCUUGGUCCAGUUCCUCCAGUGUUGCCAACACCACUCAUGGUGUCGGCUUCGCCUGCUGGAACCCCAGUUGUUCCUGCAUCCCGGCCGCCUGGACCUGUUCUCUUGUCUCCCUUGCAGCCAAAUACUGGUCCUCUCCCCCAGGUGUUGCCAUCCCCCAUGGGAGUCAUGAGUGGCACCUCACGGCCUCCCACACCAACCCUGUCACUGAAGCCAGCCCCACCUGCCCCAGUUCGGCUGAGCCCAGCUCCACCUCCAGGUUCCUCCAGCCUGUUGAAGCCCCUCACAGUGCCACCAGGCUACACUUUAUCUCCCGUUGCUGCUACCACCACCUCUUCCACCAUAGCAACUGUUACCACUACAGCAGUGCCAGCUCCGAAUUCUACACCACAACGCCUCAUCUUAUCUCCUGAGAUGCAGGCUCGUCUGCCUUCUGGAGAAGUGGUCAGCAUUGGACAGUUGGCUUCCUUGGCACAACGUCCAGUGACUAGUGCUGGGGGAAGCAAACCUCUCACCUUCCAAAUCCAGGGCAACAAACUGACUUUGACUGGUGCCCAGGUGCGCCAGCUUGCUGUGGGGCAGCCCCGCCCGCUGCAAAGGAAUGUGGUGCACCUGGUGUCAGCAGGGGGGCAGCACCACCUCAUCAGCCAGCCUGCCCAUGUGGCCCUCAUCCAGGCCGUGGCCCCGACCCCUGGCCCCACCCCUGUCUCUGUGCUGCCUUCGACCCCCAGCACCACCCCUGCCCCCACUGGCCUCAGCCUUCCGCUUGCUGCUAACCAGGUGCCACCAUCCAUGGUGAACAAUACAGGCGUGGUGAAGAUUGUAGUGAGACAGGCCCCUCGGGAUGGAUUGACUCCUGUUCCACCACUGGCACCAGCACCCCGACCUUCAAGUUCUGGUCUUCCAGCUGUGUUGACACCACGCCCUACAUUAACCCCUAGCCGUCUGACAUCACCUACUCUGGGUACUACUCGUACUCCCAUCCCCACGCCCACUCUGGUGAGGCCCCUCCUCAAGCUGGUCCACAGUCCUUCGCCUGAAGUCAGUGCUUCAGCACCCGGAGCUGCUCCCAUGACCAUCUCUUCCUCUCUGCACAUGCCGUCCUCACUCCCUGGGCCAGCCUCUUCUUCGAUGACAAUUCACAAUUCCUCUCCCCUUUCUAGUCCUGUGGUGUCCUCUACAGUCUCAGUCCCUGUGUCGUCUUCACUUCCCAUCUCUGUCCCUACUACACUUCCUGUCCCUGCCUCUGCCCCACUAACUAUUCCCAUCACAGCCCCCUUGCCUGUUUCAGACUUAGGUCCAGCCCUGCUGACCGGUGUGACCCCAGCACUAGCUGUUGUCUCAGCAGCCUCUGGACCACCUUUGGCAUCAGCUGGGGUUUCUCCGUCGGUGUCAGCCUUGGCUCUAGGUUUGGCUACUACUCCAGCUCUGUCCCCACCUCAGACAUCUGGUCACUCUCUGUUGUUGGCUACCACCUCUUCACAUGUUCCAGGAUUGAACUCAGCUGUGGCCCCAGCAUGCUCACCUGUCCUGGUGCCAGCUUCGGCUCUGACCAGUCCGUUCCCAAUAUCACCAAGUUCAGCUCCAGCUCAGGCUUCCCUUCUGGCUCCAGCACCUUCUACAUCUCAGGCUUUAGCCACCUCUCUGGCUCCUAUGGCGGCUUCACAGACAACAAUCCUGGGCCCUUCUCCAACUCCUCCUCUGGCUCCGCUUCCUGUUCUGGCUGCAUCACAGACUCCGCUUCCAGCUAUGACACCACCAUCAAUGUCAGGAGCCCCUUUACCCUCAUCAACAUUGGUAUCCGCUCCAACUUCUGUGUUGGCUCCCUCAUCAACUCAAACUCUGGUAUCAACCCCAGUUUCAUCACCUCUCUCAAGCCUGGCUUCUACUCAGACAUUGACCCUAGCCCCAACUUUAGCACCCACUCUUGGUGGAUUGUCUCCGUCUCAGACACAUUCUUUGGGAACAGGGAGCCCUCAAGGGCCCUUUCCAAUUCAGACAUUGUCAUUGACUCCAGCAUCAUCCCUGGUACCAACACCAGCCCAGACACUAUCUUUAGCACCAGGAGGACCAGUAGGUCCAACUCAAACAUUGUCUCUGGCUCCAAGCUCUCCAGUGGGCCCAGCUCCAGCUCACACACUGACUUUGGCUCCAGCAGCAUCAUCUGCUUCACUCCUGGUCCCAACCUCGGUGCAAACACUGACCCUGAGCCCUGCUCCAGUUCCUGUGCCCACUCUAGAUCCAUCUGCCACCCAGACGUUAGCACUGGCCCCAGCCUUAACACAGGCUCCAGCGUCCCAGGCAUCUUCCCUUGUUUCUGCAUCUGGUGCCGCUUCCUUGCCUGUCACCAUGGUAAACCGGCUACCUGUUCCCAAGGAUGAGCCUGAGACACUGACUUUGCGCUCUGGUCCUCCCAGCCCUCUUCCCACUGCUACCUCGUUCAGUGGGCCCCGGCCUAGACGCCAGCCCCCGCCGCCACCUCGUUCCCCUUUCUAUCUGGACUCUCUGGAAGAAAAGCGGAAGCAGCAGCGAUCUGAGCGCUUGGAACGGAUUUUCCAACUUAGUGAGGCUCAUGGGGCUCUGGCACCGGUGUAUGGGACUGAAGUCCUGGAUUUCUGUACCUUGCCCCAACCUGUUGCCAGCCCCAUUGGCCCUCGUUCUCCUGGCCCCAGCCACCCCAUCUUUUGGACUUACACUGAGGCUGCCCAUCAAGCUGUACUGUUUCCCCAGCAGCGACUAGACCAGCUGUCGGAAAUCAUUGAGAGAUUCAUCUUUGUCAUGCCUCCUGUGGAGGCACCUCCCCCUUCCCUGCAUGCCUGCCACCCACCUCCUUGGCUGGCCCCUCAUCAGGCAGCCUUCCAGGAGCAAUUAGCCUGUGAGCUCUGGCCCCGAGCCCGUCCUUUGCACCGUAUUGUAUGUAAUAUGCGAACUCAGUUUCCUGACUUGAGACUCAUCCAAUAUGAUUGUGGAAAGUUGCAGACAUUGGCAGUGCUCUUACGGCAGCUCAAGGCGGAGGGCCACCGGGUGCUCAUUUUCACCCAGAUGACCCGAAUGCUGGAUGUAUUAGAGCAGUUUCUCACCUACCAUGGCCACCUAUAUUUGCGUCUGGAUGGGUCUACUAGAGUCGAACAGAGACAGGCCUUGAUGGAACGGUUCAAUGCAGACAAACGCAUAUUCUGCUUCAUCCUUUCAACUCGAAGUGGGGGUGUGGGUGUGAACCUGACAGGAGCAGACACUGUUGUUUUUUAUGACAGCGACUGGAAUCCCACCAUGGAUGCUCAGGCCCAGGAUCGUUGUCACCGAAUUGGUCAAACUCGAGAUGUCCACAUCUAUAGGCUUAUCAGUGAACGGACAGUAGAAGAGAACAUUCUUAAAAAGGCAAAUCAGAAGAGAAUGUUAGGAGAUAUGGCCAUUGAGGGAGGCAACUUCACUACAGCCUAUUUUAAACAGCAGACCAUCAGGGAACUGUUUGAUAUGCCUCUGGAGGAGCCACCUGGCUCGUCUGUGUCUUCUGUUCCUGAGGAAGAAGAAGAGACUGUGGCCAGUAAACAGACACAUAUUUUGGAGCAGGCAUUGUGUCGGGCAGAAGAUGAAGAAGAUAUCCGUGCAGCCACUCAGGCCAAAGCUGAACAAGUGGCUGAGCUUGCAGAAUUUAAUGAGAACGAGGGGUUUCCUGCUGGUGAGGGAGAGGAGGCUAGUCGACCGGGGCCUGGUGCUGAGGACGAAGAGAUGUCCAGAGCUGAACAGGAAAUUGCUGCCCUUGUAGAACAGCUGACUCCCAUUGAGCGCUAUGCCAUGAAGUUCCUAGAAGCUUCAUUGGAGGAAGUAAGCCGAGAGGAGCUCAAACAGGCAGAAGAACAAGUGGAAGCUGCCCGAAAAGACCUGGACCAAGCGAAGGAGGAGGUGUUUCGACUACCCCAAGAGGAAGAAGAAGGGCCAGGGGCUGGGGACGAAAUGUCUUGUGCAACUAGUGGAGUCAGCCACCGGCGUAGCAAGAAAGUCAAGGCUCCUGAGAGGCUGGGGACUCGCGUCAGUGAACGUCUUCGUGGAGCUCGGGCCGAAACUCAAGGAGCAAACCACACUCCUGUUACAUCUUCCCAUCAAACCUGCAACACCUUCGUGCCUCCCCGAUGCAGCCCUGUGAGAGAACGAAUUCCCAGGCCUAGACCUGCUCCUCCUCCUGCUCCUCCUGCUCCCCCUCCUGCUGCUUCUCCUGCUCCUGCUCCUGCUCCUGCUCCUCCUGCUCCUCCUCCUCCUGUUCUUCCUCCUGUUCUUCCUCCUGUUCCUCCUCCUCCUCCUGCUCCUUCUCCUCCUGCUCCUUCUCCUGCUCCUCCUCCUCCUGCUCCUGCUGCUUCAGUUGCUUCUGCUCCUGCUUCUGCUAUAACUUCUUCCCUAGCCACAGCUCCAAUACCCAUUUCAGCCCCAAAUCCAGUAACCAUUCUUCCUGUUCAUAUCUUGCCUUCUCCUGCACCUCUGCUUCAACUUCCUCCUUGUUCUUCUCCUGCUUCUACCCCUCCUUCUGCCUGUACCCCUCUACCCACUUGUACCCCCUUACCAGCUCAAACCUCUCUAUUAACCUCUUCUUCACCAGCCCCACUUGAUUCCCUUCCUGUUCCCAUCUCUCCUGGGGUUACCAACCUCCUCUUGGACUCAGGGGAAGUAGAGGUGUGUACACAAGAGUUGGCACCUGUGGAGUCUCUAGAGCUGCCUGGAAUGACCAAUUCUGAAGCUUCCCUGGUUAGUCUUGUGCCUCCAAACGAUCUUUUGCCAGUAGCUGUUGAUGUCCUGCCUGAAUCAGAGAAGAAUCUUCCUUUAAUUCCUGCACCCAGUUCAACUCUGGAAGCUGAGAGCAUCCCGGAUGAUCAGGAGCAGGAGGUGCCGGGUUCUGUGGAGGGGACCAAUCGCACACUGCUACCUGGUGGUGGGGAGUUGACCGUGAGUCUGAGUGAGAGCAAUGGGCUGGAACUCCCACCCUCAGCAGCAUCUGAUGAGCCACUUCAGCUAUUGGAGACUCACAGGAACUUGGAAGAUACAAGAGAGGUUCAGACCCCAGUCUCCAACUCAGAAAAGCCACAAGAACUUGUUAGAGCUGAGGUUACAGCCCCAUCAACCUCAUCUUCAGCCACCUCCUCUCCUGAGGGUCCUUUGCCUGCCCGCCCUCCACGGCGACGAACCAGUGCUGAUGUAGAAAUCAGGGGUCAGGGGUCUGGUAGGACAGGACAACCCCCAGGUCCCAAAGUGCUUCGAAAGCUGCCGGGAAGGCUAGUAACUGUGGUGGAGGAAAAAGAACUUGUAAAGCGACGGCGACAUCGGGCAACUGCCAGCACCCUAGUACCUGGGGUAUCUGAAGUUAGCGCCAGUCCAAGAAGCCCAUCGAUCCACAGUAUGUCAGGGCCAGAAUCCUCACCUCCUAGCAGUGGGCCCUGUGAAGCUGCUCCUACAUCUUCACUAUCUACCCCAACCCAGCAUACCUUCAUAGCUUGUCGUCACAAUGAACUGGGGAUAACUGGUGGGGGCAGCCCAGAGAAUGGAGAAGGAGCAAAGCUUGCCAUCACUCCACCUGCUGUGAAACGGCGGAGGGGGAGGCCUCCCAAGAAGAACAGAUCUCCGGCAGAUGCUGGGAGAGGGGUGGAUGAGGCACCUUCAUCCAUCUCUAAGGGGAAAACCAAUGGGGUCGACCCAAUCCCUGGGCCUGAAACUGUAACUGCAACUGCUGCGGAGCCUGACCUCAAGCCCCAGCCUCUUGCACCCCAGCCAGUUCACAAACCAGAGCCCAUCAUCCUAUCACCUGUGGAGAAAAGACGGCGUGGGCGUCCCCCUAAAGCAAGGGAUUUGCCCAUUCCUGGGACCAUAUCUUCUCCAGGGGAUGGCAAUUUAGAGAGCCGGACACAGCCACUCCCUUUCCCAGCAACCCUUACCCCACUCCUAGCCUGUCCCACUGCUGUCGCCAACACUGUCACCACUGUCACCAUUUCAACAUCCCCACCGAAGCGGAAGCGGGGCCGACCUCCCAAGAAUCCACCAUCACCGAGACCCAGCCAACACCCUGUCUUGGACCCUGAUAGCUCUUCUGUUCUUGAGAGUUGUGGACUGGGAGUGCAGCGCCAACCCCUAGGCCAGGCGGAGAGUGAAGGCAGUUCCUCUGAUGAGGAUGGAAGCCGCCCUCUCACCCGCCUGGCCCGAUUACGGCUUGAAGCUGAGGGGAUGCGGGGACGAAAGAGUGAAGGGUCCAUGGUGAUGGCUGUAAUUCAGGAUGACCUGGAUUUAGCAGAUAGUGGGCCAAGUGGGUUAGAACUGACACCGCCUGUGGUCUCGUUAACUCCCAAAUUUCGUUCAACCCGCCUGCGUCCAGGGUCUCUAGUCCCCCCACUAGAAACUGAGAAAAUGCCUCGAAAAAGAUCAGGGGCUCCAGUUGGGAGUUCUGGGAUGGCAAAACGGGGCCGUUUGCAGCCCCCAAGUCCCUUGGGGCCUGAGGGUUCAGUAGAGGAGUCAGAGGCAGAAGCCUCAGGUGACGAGGAGGAAGGAGAUGGAACCCCACGCCGUCGAACUGGUCCCCGCAGGCUCGUUGGGACCACCAACCAAGGGGACCAGCGUAUCCUGCGUAGUAGUGCUCCUCCACACCUGUCUAUCCCUACUAUUAGUCACAGAGGUCGAAAGGCCAAGACGUGAGUGGGCAGCCCCUUCACUUAGGUAUCCUACCAUGGCGGCUUCCCCAUGCCCAGGCCUGACUCUGUUAACCACUACUUGAAGUCUUUGAGGGAAAAAGCCUCCAGGGAGACAUAGGGGGCUGUCUUCCUUUCCACCAAAGUAGGGGGUAGGUUACUGGUUGUCAUGGAAAUGGGGCUUGUCAUAACCCCCCUUCUCUCCUAUCCCAUAUGGCUGGGCAGUGUUAAGGGUGGCAAGAUAGUUUCUGUCCCCACCCCCUUGUACUUGAUUCCCCAGCUGUCUUUCACAGCCUCAAACCCUUAGGGAAAGGGGGGAGGGGCUUUUCAAUGAGGUGGGGUGGGUUUGUUUUUUUCUUUUUUUUUUUUUUUCUUUUUUUUUCUUUUUUUUUUAAGAAAAAAAAAAAAUAAUAAACUUAGUUUCUGUACAAGCAUCCGUGUAAGGAGGCUUCUGAUUUUCUGGUCUGGUGGAGGGUUGGGUGGGAACUUGGACGUCAUUUUUCACCUCCCUCUUGCAAUGACUUUAUGCCUGAUCUCCAAUCCAAGAUUCUAUACCCUUGAAACAGAACUUAAUCCCUCUCCCAGCCCUCCCUCCCCCCAAAAAGGAAAGAUUGUCAAGUCUGAUCUGGUAGGCUGUGUAGUCUUUUAGACCACCCAGAUAAACUCUUUUCUCUGACUCUUGCACUUUCCCUCGGCUCUCCGACGUCUGGGAGUUCCCUUUCAGUCUCCUUGCUCAGGUGCUUCCUUACACUCCUAUCUUCAGAAAGCAGGCAUCCUCCAUUUGCUCAUGCCUUAGCCCUCCUCUGCUCUCCAUCUAGCCAAACUGGUUUGAGUUGGCCAUGCCCCUUCCUAGCUCCCUGGGCUCUUCACAUGGUGGCUGGCCCCACAACUCGACCUUGGCUUGCUUGGCCUGGAGCCAUGAGUCAGCUUCAUCUCCACCCAACCCAAAUCAAAACCUGAGGCAGGAGCCGAAACUCACAGUUCUCAAAGCCUAUGGGCCAGGUAAGAAUCUGCUUAUAUUUAUAGUUUCUGACCUGUGCCCUCUCUUGGGCUCUUCUCAUUUGCUAUUGCAACUUUGCCACAUCCUUUUGCUCUCAAAUCUCUGCAUUUUUGUUACUUGUGGUAGGGAUAUGUGUGGGCUGUAGGAUAAUGAUAGGACAUGAAGGUGGAAAGAUGUUUGGUGUGCCAGAGAGCCUGAGUAAAGAAGGCAUUGUGUAGGUCUCUGUGGGUGAAGUCAUUUGGACUCUGCUAAUCUGAUGAGUCGUGUGGUCUGAGAUAAAAUGGAGAGAGGUGGCAAGAAAGUGUAGAUAGCCAAGGAGGCAUCUCAUGUUCAGGGGUUUGCUUUGAGGCUAGAUUUCAUGUAUCCUCAGAUUCUGAGCUAGCAAUGCUGGCCUUGAACUUCUUGGUCUUUCUACAAGUUGGUAUUAUAGAUGUCUGACACCACUCCUGGGUUAGGUGUGGGUUUUUAAGUUUUUGUUUUGUUUUUAUAAACAUCAGAAAGAACUUAACCAUAUGAUCUUGCCUUUCCUUCAUCCUCAGAACUAUUCAUGCCCAGGUUGGUGGUAUAUGCCUUUAAUCCCAGCACUCAGGAGGCAGAGGCAGGUGGAUCUCUGAAUUCUAGGCCAGCCUGAUCUACAUAUCGAGUCCUAGGACAGCCAGGGCUGAACAGAGAAACUGUCAAAAUAAGUAAACUAAGCACAAAGCCAGAGGCAGGCAGUCUCUGAAUUUGAGGACAGCCUUGUCUAUAUACUGAGUUGUAGGCCAGCUAGGGAGGGUCUGCAUAAUGAGACCCUGUGUCAAAACAAAAUAAAGAAAAGCUACCUAGUCGUAAAGUUUUAAGAUCAAUUUCUCUCCCGUUUCUUGGUAUCUAGGUCAGUUUCCUUCUCUGUACUUGUUGAAGAGUAAGUACAUUUACACAUGUUUGCCCCUUCAAAAGAUUCAGAAUCUUAAAUUGAUGAAAAGGGUUCUAAACAUGUAUUUAAUCUUCUGUUCUGAGUCACUGGAGGAACUUCCCAGUAAGACAGCAUUCCUGAGUAUGGGGUUAGGACACUAGACAGCAUGCUUUGAGAAGGGUGGAGUCACCGUGCCCAAGCAAAACCUUAUUUGUUGGGCUUAAAAGUGCCUUGACUAUAUCGCCCACAGGUGAUGGAGGACGAGGAGAAGGCAGCGGAGAGCUUGAUGAGCAACAUGGAAACUGCUCAUUCUCCAUCCCCUAUCCACUGCUGCUGGCUCCGCCUCCCACACUUGGCAGCUAUUAGCAUUAUCUGUGGCUGUUCUUGCCUGGGAAUCAUGGCUCUUGUGUUUGCCAUCAAGGUGAGGAAUAAAAUUCCUGUGGGAAUGGGUGGGUAUAAUGAAAUGACUGUAUCUGACCUGUGUACAAUUAAUUAAACGGAUCACUAAAUAUCUGUUGAUGCUUAGUUCGGGCUUAGUGCCAGAGUAAGGACACUUUCAAAGAAUCCAUGUCUUAUGAAAGCAGUAGUUGUGAAAAUGGAUAAUUAGAAUUCAGCUCAUCAAUGCUGUGGUACAGGAGAGGCAUAGGAACAAGGAAAGAUGUACCUGGGGAGGAGGGUAGGAGUACGGCAUCUCUGUUAGUAAAUGGCUACCAACGCAUCAAAAAGAUGACAGUUUAAGAAAGGGUGAGUGUAUGCGGAUGGAAGGACAAUCCCAAUAAAGGCAGCAAUGUGUACAGAGGUUAAAUAAGGAAUAUUGAGAAUUGACAUCAAAGGAACCAGAUUCCUGAAGGCCUCCAAUUCUGUACUUGGGCAUGUUAACUUUAUCCUGAAUAAUAGCAAUUUAAAUUUUUUUCAGAGGAGUGACAUGGCCAGAUUUGUGUUUCAGAAAGGUCUACUCUCAAACCCUCCAUUGACAGUGAAUCACAAGGGAGCAAGACUACAGGCAGGCAGACUAUUAAAUCAUGGUAACAAAAAUAUCCAUCGUGUGGAAGGAGCAGUGUGGUUAGUUGUUAGAGAACAAUCUGCACCUUCUUUUUUUCUUUUUCUUUUUUUGUGGUUAGGGUGGAGGUGGCAUUACUAGGAAUUGAGCCCAGAGUCCUGCCCAUGAAAAGUGGAUCAACAUACACAUAUACCUAGGCUAUUCAAACUAAUUUAAACAUCAUUCUGGAAUUUUCUCACUACCUGGAUGUAUCUUGACAGAAACAUUUUCUGUCAUCAUAAGAAUUUUACUGGGUCAAAAAUCAUAAAAGCAAUCCUUCAUGAUGAAAAUGAUGGUGCCUUUUGGACCAUGAGAGAGAAAAUGAAUGUCGGACAAAUAGAAAAGAAUGGGACUCUUGCCUUCUUGCUCUCGCUCUCUCCUCUCUCCCCUUCCCCCUCUCCCCAUUCUGCUCCCCACCCCAUGUGCUCAUGGCCUGCCUCUACCACUCCCUUCCCUCCCCUCCCUCCCUCCUUCUCCCUGCCUCUACUACCUUCCCAACUCCCCUCCUCAUGCCCUGAAUAAACUCUAUUCUAUACUAUUAAAAAAAGAAGGAAUACGGGUUGGGGAUUUAGCUCAGUGGUAGAGCACUUGCCUAGCAAGCUCAAGGCCCUGGGUUCGGUCCCCAGCUCCGAAAAAAAGAAUAGAGAAAAAAAAAAAAAGAAAAAAAAAAAAAAAGAAGGAAUACAAAGUAUUUUCCAGUCUAGAAAUGUAAUUCAGCAGAGUACUUGGCUAGUAUGCACAGGCCCUUGGGUUCCAUCUCAAACCACAGAACAGACCAGAGUCAUUAAAAAUGCAGUCUUGUGACCUAACCGUGGCCAGUUUGUAUUGCAGAUAAGACAAGAAAGAAAAGGAAAGGUUGUAAAAUGUUUAUGUGUGUGGUUCUGAGCUAUGAGAUAGAUUAAGAAAUGAAAUGGGGCAAUGGGUACUUUGGGACAGAAGCAGGGGAAGAAUCUAACCAAGAACCUGCCCCCAACAGGCAGAAGAGCGGCAUAAGGCAGGCCAUUCGGAGGAGGCCAUGUACUUGGGGGCCCGGGCCCGGAGACUCAUUGUGGCCAGUUUUGCUGUCUGGUUUGCUGUCCUUUUUCUGGGUCCCCUGCUACUGUGGCUGCUCUCCUACACCAUUGCUCAGGCUGAGUAGGCCUGGGUGGCCUUUGCUGAGAGACAGUCAAGACCUGGAUCCAAUCCAACAGUUCGGCAGUGCUCAGUUCUGGUGACAGGAGUGGUUCGUGGUCCUGUCUGGAAGGAUGUUGCCCUUCUCGGGAGCCAUUGGAAGAGCUCACCUAGGCUCUUUAAAGCACCUAAGACUCAAGGGGAGGUCAGCCUGCUCUGUUCUUUCAUUAUCCUCUGCUUCGUCUCCCUUGCCUUUCCUCCUAGGAGCCUCCAUUCAGAGAAAGGGAUGAAAACCAGUCUUGAUUUUAUUAGAAUUUGUUUUAUAAUAAAAAUCUUUUUUGGUGGUGAAA